AUGCUGUGUUGUGCUAUGCUCUAUGCUGUGCUGAGCAGUGGGCAGCAGGCGGUGGCAGCGACAGUGACCGACAGGGCGGGUGACAAUGACGACGGGGUGAGGCUAGAGCACCCUGAUUCCCUAAGCGGCCUUGGUCGCAGCUUGUGGGCGGGCGUUUUGACUCUGGAGCUGUGGAGAAAGGGAGCGGGAGGUGACACCCUUGAGCCUUGGGCUCUCGAAGGGCUGGGCUGGAACUGGAAACCAGGGGACAGAGGGCUGGGUCCGCUGGGACCUGAGGAGGAUGCGGCGGUGAUGGGAGUCGGAAGGGGGAGGCUGACGGCUGUUGAUGGGCCGGGAACCUGCGAUGCGAUGCGAUGUGAUGCGAUGCGCGGGCAACUGGUUGAGCAAGAAGUUGACGAUGUGCUGCUGCCGCUGCUGCGAAUAGGUACUGAUGUGAAGGGCCCCGGUGCAGGCGGUACUGGUUGGGCUUCGAUUGUGGCACUUGUCAGGUCAGGGCCAACUUUAGACUCUGAGAGUAAGUAUUAUUCGAGUCCAAAGGUUGUCGGAUGGAGCCGGCCAGGUCCUCUGGGGCGUCAUGAGUUGCCGCUCUCCUCUUCUGCUGGUCUAUCCGCUUUUCACCCUUUAGUUUUCUGCUGA